AUGACCAAACUGCGACGCGAGCAUGGCACGGCGCGUCAGCUUGGUGCCAUCAACAACAUCCUCAAGCCACAAUCGCCUGUGCAGCGUUCCAGAAGACCUGCGCCUCAUCCAGAGCAGACUCGAGAUUUGCACGGGGGUACACGAGUCGAUGUUCAAUCCGGGAGGCAGUCGCAACCGAUUCAACAUACACAGUGCCAAAGUCGCGGGACAUGCAACGAAAAGCUUCGACAAUCACAACAGUCGAAUCGCCGCAACCAAGGCUCCUUCCACCAUGAUAACGAGCGCCGCUCGCGCUCACCUCAGCAUGCGCCACGAGAUCGUUCAGAUAGUCCACACCAGAGGGUAAGGGGCCGUCAAAACGACCAGCGACGCCCACACUCGCCGCAACAGGAACAGCAAAAGGUUUCACAUGGCGCUCAAAGAAAGGGGUCGAAGCCUGUAAAGGGUCACCAGAAGUCAAGAACCACACCCAAGGCCACAAAUGUGGGCGCCAAUAACGAUCACUCAAGCUCAGGUAAGCGCAAGCGGUCGACCAUUGACGAUGGCAACGACGCAGAACGCGCUCAAGCCACCAAGCACCAGGUAGCUCGCCUGGAUGUUCAUCGCCCUAAACAGCCACUUUGUCGUGCGCCCACUAGCCAGGACAACGGCAUCGCUAAGACCGAAGCUAUCACAGCUACAACUAUCGUUAAGAGCCAACGUCAGUCAGUAUCAAAGGCGCCUAUCCAGCUACCAAGCCCGCCGUCCAGCGACGCCAGCCCAGAGUGCGGGGGCCACACCAAGGAGAUCGAGGAAUCCGGUGGCAGCUCACAACAGGAUAUCGUAAUACCAACACCAGCGGAAAAGAUCCGAGAAGAGCGAAAUUUGCCGAGCACGAUGAGCACUCCACCCAAGCACAACGAGAAGAGGCAGAGAGAUGAGACUGACAGUGCAGGAAAGGCGCCUCAGCGGCUGCGCCAGAUGAAAGCUGUCAAGCCGACCAAACUGCAGCGAACGCCUUCUACCCACCACCCACAGACACGAGCAGUGCAGUCUGAGCCGUCAAUUGCGCCCGUAACUCCCAAUGAUGAGCCGAAAGAUGUGAAGGCAGCAAAAGUACAGCGGAUACCUCCAGCCCGGCACCAUGCAGUGCGGCCUGAGUCUUCAUUUGCGCCCGUGACUCCCAACCCUGAGUGUGAUCUGAAGUUUCUUGACUACCUCCACGACAGUGUACCAGUAUUGUACUCAAUCAAGAUAAAGCACACCCACAGUUCCGAGUUACUCAACUGCCCAGCAGAUAAGCUUGUCUGGGAUGCGCUUGACGCUAUUGAGGCGGGCUUCAAGCCGCACUCUAGAUAUGGCUGGCCGACCGCGAUCGAACCUCUGGGUCGUACACCAAGCAAGGACAACCCGACCAGGGUCUUGAACGAUGUCGAUCUUUACCUCCACGAGACGGAAGGGAAGUUACACGUAGCUACCGAUCGAGGCCUGAUUCCCAUCAUGGACUACCUGAAGCUCAUUGGCGUACCUGAGACGCAGCCAGUCAGGUUUGAUGGUCGUAUACCCCCGUGGGCGAAAGCCGCACUGCGUGCUCGCGAGAAUCGGAGAGUCGUUCAGGCCUGGGGUGAAGAUCAGAAGGUUAAGAAGGGCACGCCGCUCAAAAUUCAUCAAGUCGCGCUGAGCUUGGAGAGUCAUGCUGAGGUGCAGAGUGAGCGAGCAAAGGAGGCCAUGCUCAAGGUUGUACCGCAGGCAAAUGAGACAGCGAAGGCACAGACUACCUCCACAGUACAGGAUGGAAAGGCGAAGAAGGCAGAGGAUAAUAAUGCUCCGCGGACAAACAAGGUGGUGGAGGCUACGGCAGAGCCAAAGAUUGAAGAAGAAGAAGAGAUUCUGGAAGUAAGGGAGGGCGAUCUGCCACUUCCACUCGGAUCGAUUGUAGUCGUCUACGAGGUUGAUCAGGAUGACAUAUGGGCGUACGGGCGACUGAGCGGAACCGACAAAAAGGGCUAUUUUCCUAUCUCCCAUACAUGUCCGGUCGACUGGAGUCUGGAAAAUGUCGCAGAGUGGGGCGCCAGAUAUUUCAUGGACCCAUUGCCAGAGUCUACUGAUCCAAAAGAGAAGGAUUGGAAUGGCCUGGCCCACUGGAUCCGGCGGGAAGGUUGUCCAGAGGGCCCAACUUGGGAAGACACAUGCGCAGCGGCAGCAGUUAAAGCGAAAGCUGCUAAAGACCGAAGGCUAGCCACCAAGAAGGCGAACUCCAAUUUCAACGCUGCCCUGAGCAGGAAUGCCGACACUAGAAAUCUUCGCGGGAUGGCUGCCCUGGGGGCAAUUAAGAUGCCAGCUGAGCAGGCGACCGCUGCGACAGAAUUGACAACGACCACCACAACCAGUACCAUGAUGGAGACCACGAUAGAGGGAGCCGCGCCUGAAGUUUCAAAUUCUGGCAUCUCCAAAGAUUCAGAGAAGACCAAGGUUGCAGGAAGCAACGCUGAUGUUCGUGAGGAUAGCGCACAGCCUGCUGAUGAUGUCUUCAAGGCUCGAAUUGGAAGGACCAUUCUGCUGGAGGUGGAGCAGGUGGCAUCUGGUAGAGCAGAUACUGGAGCAACCACCAUGUCUGAGGCCGAGGAGCGAAAGGGUGUGAAUGGGGAUGUUGCUCAGGAGCCAGAAGUUCCGGAGCCACAGGUAGAGAAGGGCGGAAUGGACACCAAGGAUGUUGGAGCACUUGCGCCCCGCAACACAUUCACAGUGCCGCACUACGAGCCUUUCACUAGGAACGACGACAUUGAGUACGAUUGGGGUGACAGCGACGACGAGCGGUAG